AUGAGCGCGCUGCUCCGGAAGUUGUUCGCCACGGUAGGAGGUAGUGUUGUUGGUGGUGCGCCCAUGAAAAUGGUGCUGGUAGUGCGGUCCGAUUUAGGGCUGAAGAAGGGCAAGAUAGCGUCGCAGUGUGCACACGCGGCCGUUCUGUGCUGCAUGCGGGCAGCGUCGGCGGGUGGCGAUGCUGCGGGUAGGGGCAAGAUGCUGGACGCGUGGUUGCGGCAGGGCCAGCCAAAGAUUGUGCUUAGGGUAGAUAGUUUGCAGGAGCUGCAUUUGCUGACGGAGCGGGCCGAGUCGAGCGGGGUUAUUGCGGAGAUUGUGCGGGAUGCCGGCCGGACACAGGGUCGCUUCCAAUCGGCCCAUAGUGCAGCGUUCCGCGUCUACCACCCGGCCAAUGUUACACAGUCCCUUUUACCAGCCGGUCGUGCCGGGGGUGUUGGGUUGCUUUCGCGACGUUCAAACAGUUGA